GCAUGUCUACUAUUAGUUUCGAUAAAUUUAUUUCAUUAGGACGUAAAGUCGACCAAGGCAUUAGAGAAUUAGAAGAACUAUGGCAUCUACCUCGCGUUUUUGUGGGUGGUUAUGCAGAUCUGACAGAACAAACCGAAGAACACAUAGAAGUGCUAAAAAAAUCUAUUCAAUGCACGCAGGUAAAGAUUAUUGAUGAUAUAAAUAAAAUGAUUCAAGAUAAUGUAUCCAAUCAAGAUGCAAUAAAUGAAAUGAAUAGUUUUCUUAAGGAAGCUGAAGAUGUAUAUAAUACUAUAAAAGAAGAUAUUGAUAACUUAGAAACUGUAUUUGAAGAAUAUGGAUAUCAUUAUGAUAAAAGUAUUGUCAAUGAAACCAUAAAAUCCAAAGAAACUUCUACGACAAGUGAUUUGAAUGAUUCAGAUGAUAUACAAGAAGUUGUUUUUACUCCUGAUUUGGGUUGGCGUUGUAAGAAAAAGUCUAUUGAUAAGACCUCAUCGAUGAAUGGAGAUUCAUAUUUAUCUGAGGGAAGUGCAAUUCUAAAGAAAAUAACUGAUAUUGCUUUAGAAUCUAAGGAGACGGAAAGAACUCAUAACACAGAUGAUUUAAAUCAUACAGAUAAAGAUAUUUUUACUCCUGUCUCAAGUCGACGUGUGCAAAAGAAAUUUGAUGAUCCAUUAUCCAUAAAUAGAGAUUUAUAUACACCUCGGGAAAAUAAGAUAUUAUUAUCCGCACAAAAGUCAGAAUUAAAUUCUGCAAGGAAUAAGCAAUUAUUGACACCAUUAAGAGAUAGGCCGCAAUAUCAAAUUUACUCAAAACAUUUCUACAGCUUAAAGAAGAAAGAAGCUAAUAAUUAGAUUUAAUUAUAAGAUAUAAGAUUACUCAUACAUUGUAUUAUUGACUAUAAUUCAUAUUGUAUUAAAAAUUAUAAUAUUAAACUUAUUAUAAUAUUUCUAAUAAAUAACAUACAUAAUUAUUAAAAUACUUACUUGGCCAUCUUUGAGACUUCAAAGUUAUAACAAAAUGAAAUGUAUAUAUUAAUAAUGUAUAUGUUUAAUGAAAGAUAAUAAAAAUUAUAUGAAAUAUUAAUAUAACUGAAUAAAUAUAAAAUAUACUUCAUGAUUUUAAACGAAUUCAAUGAUUAAAAAAAAAAGGAAAAAAGAAUUUAGCUAUACAGUUAAUGUUUUUCUUAUGAUAUUCCUUUUACUUUGAUACAUUAGGUUAUAUUUAGUUAAAGGAAGGAUGAUGUUUAAUUAGGAUUAUAAGAUGGGACACGAUAGCAAGCAAUUCGUUUCUCAUAUUUAUUUGUUAUUGCAUACUGUUUAUGUUAGUAUAUUACUUAGGUAUACGUGCCAAGUAGCAACUUAAAUGUAUGAUUGCGUGAUUCAUCUGUCUGUCCUUCCGUUAAGUACGGAUAGGUUAGGUAGGUAGGUAAUGUAACGCUUACUCCACUAUAUAUAGGGUGUAUUUAUAAGUAUAUCAUAUUUCGGUAGAACGUCAUCUUACUAGCUAAUCUGUAAUAAAUAAAAGAGGGCCUACAAUGAGUGACGGUUCUUUUUCCUUUGCAGCUGUGUGACUAUAUAAAACGCAAGAAGGGGGGGGGGAUAGAAGAUAAAUAUUACGAAAACAAAAAAUAAAAAAAGAAAGAAAGAAGAAACGAAAAGAAGAAGAAGAAGAAGAAGAAGGAAAAAGAGUAAAACGUCGUCUCGCGGUUUAACACGUUCCCUUUAUCUCUUAGGUUAUACUCGUGUUUCGUCGAAAAAUGUAAAAAGAGAGAGAGAGAGAGAGAGAGAGAGAACGAGAGAGAUAGAAGAAGAGAGAAAGAGAGUGAAAGAGACAAAGACAGACAAUUCGGUCGGCUGUUUAACGCUUUUCUUUCUAAUCAAACACUAUUUGUUCCUUUAAAUUCUCCAAUAAAUUCAUUACACUUUCACGCAUACAUAAAACAUAUAUCGAAAAAAAAAAAGAAAGUAAUACGUACGUAUUGCAUAUACAAUAGUAUUGUAUUUUAUAUCGCAAAAUUAUAAAGAUAGUAAAUAGUAAAUGCAAUUGUUUCUUCGUUUGAUCAAAAGCAGCAAGAGGAAGGAAGAUAAAAAGAAGACGAUCGAUCAUAUAUAUCAUACAUACAUAUGU